ACAUUAAAAAGGCUUUCUUAUAUUUGCAUUUUGUUUUGGUAGGUUCAGGUUUAUUAGCAGCAGCUCAAGAUGCUACAGAAGAUGAGGAAGCUGUGGAAGAUACCAUAGUUGAAGAUGAAGAUGAUGAAGCUGAAGUUGAAGAAGAUGAACCAACAGACUUGACAGAAGAAAAAGAGGAAGAAGACUUAUCAGGAGAACCUAAAGCCUCACCUAGUGCUGAUACAACCAUCUUAUUUGUGAAAGGUGAAGACUUUCCAGCGAACAACAUUGUAAAAUUUCUGGUGGGCUUCACCAAUAAGGGUACAGAGGAUUUCAUUGUUGAAUCUCUCGAUGCUUCUUUCCGGUACCCUCAGGACUACCAGUUUUAUAUCCAGAACUUCACAGCUCUCCCUCUGAAUACAGUGGUUCCACCACAGAGACAAGCCACGUUUGAGUAUUCUUUCAUCCCUGCUGAGCCUAUGGGUGGUCGUCCUUUUGGACUAGUUAUCAAUCUCAACUACAGAGAUGUAAAUGGCAAUGUGUUUCAAGAUGCUGUCUUCAAUCAAACCGUUACAAUUAUUGAAAAAGAAGAUGGGCUGGAUGGAGAAACGAUCUUCAUGUACAUGUUCCUCGCUGGACUUGGUCUACUUGUUAUUGUUGGCCUACAUCAGUUACUAGAAUCUAGGAAGAGGAAAAGACCAGUACAGAAAGUAGAGAUGGGAACAUCAAAUCAGAAUGAUGUUGAUAUGAGCUGGAUUCCCCAAGAAACUUUAAAUCAAAUAAUGCAGAGUAGAAGAGAUAAAGCUUCACCGAGGAGGUUGCCCUACAAGAGGGCACAGAAGAGAUCAGUGGGCUCUGAUGAGUAAAUGUUAACUAGCACAACAGUAGAACCUUUACUAAUCCUGCCUGUUUGGGUUUUUUGGAUUGGAGUAGUGCAGAGAAUCCAUAUCACCAUAAGGAAAAUACUGCUAAACAUUUGGACUGAACAGAUUAACUGAAUGGUGUUAAUAUUACUGAAAAUGCACUUCUCUUUUUUUUUUUUGUUAAUUGUUGGGAGAGGGGUGGGCGGGAAGGUAGCCAUUAAGAUUUGUGCCUGCGUGUGUAAGCAGUUGGUCUUACCAGAACCGUGUUACCUGAAAUGUGCCUUUAGAGUUCUUUGUAAAGCUGGCUUGUCAUCUGUACACUGUCUUUGAAGGAUUUUUCUCCUCCCCCUAAUUUGAAUGUCUAGUGACUUAAUCUGUCUUGAUUGUAUCAUGUCUGUAUUGGAAUCUGUACACAUUUCCCUUUUCCAAUAAGUAACUUUAUUCUCUACAGUGUGCACACACUGAAGUUUGUGUGCGUGGUCCUACUUCAGUGGCAAGGCACUGGUCAUCUAGAUUUCCGCAUAGUUUACAUUCUAAAGGCACAAUUGGGUAUAGCUGCUUGUAGUGGUAGAUAUUUUGCUGCUGUUUUGAUCUGGGCAUGCAGUGACCUAAAAAUCUGAACUUACCUGCAUAGGUGUUAGGAAGGCUCUUAUACAGCAGCAAAACUUGUGAAGCAUGGAAUUUGUGUGCUGAAUUGGUAUUACUACAUAAAUUUUUUUUAUACC